UACCCAAAAGAAAUACAAGCUGUAAAACAAGUAGUGUGUGUAAACUAUCCUCAACAUCAAAUACGAAUAUGUAAUGGAAAAAAGACAUGUUGCGGCGAAACACCUUAAAUCUGUACAUAAUAACAAAUUGAUUUGCGAAGAAGAAAACCAAGCAUUUGAAGAACAUUCAAGAAUUUAUGUUAAACCACUAGAUGACACCGAUAGGAAUAUUCAUGUCAAGGCUGGUAAAAAAAGACUGGUCAUAAGCAUUAAACAGAAACCACCUGUCGUAAAAACGUUAUACAAAGCAGAAGAGGACAGCGAAAAGAUUUCAUCUACGAACGAUUCUAGACUCGCUAUUGGGGAUCAUUUAUCUUCGACGUCACAUGAAUAUAAGAAAUCUAAAAACAAUACCAGUACAACGACUACUACUUCCAUCUCAGUAAAACAGGAUAAACAUAAAAUAUAUCAAUAUAAAAAUACGCAAGUAGAGAGCACAUCUUUAAGUACAGAUAAUUCAGAUUCAGUAUCACAAGUAUCUACGGAAAAGGGUCGUAAGAAAGAGCCAUGCUCUGUUUAUGCACGGUCACCGCAAAUUAUGACCUUCCGAAAAAUUGAGGACUGCAAAGCUUUUAGAAAUCAACAGAAUCCAGACAAUAAAGAAUCCACAGCAAAGCUAGUACAUGAUCAAACAUCACCAACGACAAGUGAACUCCAGAAUCUUUAUAAGAAAAUAAAUUACUUGGAAGAGAAAAUAUUUGAACAAGAAAUGGUGUUACGUUCUAUUCACAAACGUUUUGCAAAAUCUUCUUGUGUCAUGGAAGAAUCACGAGACAACGAGCCUUAUAACGAGCGAGCUUGUUGCAGUUACAUAGAGUAUAGUCACAUCCCUGGAACAUCCGCAUUUCAAAAGCAGUCACAACAGUCUAAUCCGGGACAAGAAAAUACUGGCAGAAAACACCACGCAGAGAAAUAUGGACGCGACUUAACUCUCUACGACAACGUAACAGCACGAGGGAGACGACAAACUGCUUCCGUUCCGGGAAAAAGAAACGAUCUGAAACAUGCAGCAGAUAAAGUCCACAAGAUUCGGCAUAAACUGAACCCCGUCCGUGAUUACAGACUAAUGGAUACUGUCCAUUACUUGGCGCAAGGGGAGUUUGCACCACGAGACGAUGGGAUCAAACUAACACCAUCCCGUGAAGCAGUACUCAGUGAUAUAAUAUGGGAGGACGUUUGUCGAACUCACUGGCCAAAUACGAGGCUUGCUCGUCAGCAUAGAGAACGCACAGACCGGAGGAGCGACUUACAGAAUCUAAUCGACAGUCUUCUUAGGGAGCGAGUGGCUCAUGUUGAACGUAAAAGACGUAGGCAUUAUCGUAUCGUGAAAUUAAACCAUCGUCACGAUACCGUUCGAGCGCUUGGUAAAAUCGGCGACAUUAUUGUAGCGAGCAAUAAACACGGCCAGCAUUCCAAAGAACAACACCCUCAAGACAAUAAGGGAAGUCAAAGUCCUUCUAAAUCACCCAGAAGCAAAGAAAGGCUAGCAAGAAGGUCCAGUCACGAACGUGACUCUCCUGGACCGAGCCACAGCAUUCGUAAAGAACCGAUGUACUGCUAUAGAGCUGGAAAUUCGCAAUUAUCAGAAUCAUCUCACAUUUACUAUGCCCUAAAUCAGAAAUAUCCUGAAGGUGUGAGCACUAGUAGCGUGGCUAGUAAGGCUCCAAGAUUUGUCGCAAAAAAGAAAUCGUCGGAUGUAAGACAUCAUUCAGAUGUUCAUAAUCUUGACCAUUUUAUAUUGCUGCCUACACUGGUGCUCCGCACUCCCUCUAAUCUGAAAAGACAGAAGAAGUUCAAUGAAUUGUACCACAAGAUAUUGAACACACAAAUGCAAAAAGACCGAAGUGGCGUAGCACGAAAACAUAAUGAUACCAGUAACCUACGACCACUCAAAAAGGAUAUAGGACUUAACAUCGACAUAAAUGUAUCAGAAAGUGACGAAAAACUCCUAAAAAGCGAGGAACUGUGAUUUAAAAACUUACGAGUAACAAAUAAAUCAAUCACAUUUCAUUGA